CUCUCGCUGACCCCUUUGUCCUGCUGCCCUCACAGUCUAACUGCUCUAUUGCUGUUUGCAUGGAAUGGCAAAGGAGACAUUCAACGACGUCCGAUAUUACAUAUCACUCACUCUUCGCUUUGAACAGCGUGAACAGCUCGCUGGGGUCUUAGAUGCAGCAGGCGCGACGGCGGUGGCAGUCGACGACCCGUCACUCACCCACUUCAUCACAAACUCACUGCCGAACGAUGACACGCUCGAAAGCCUGCCAGAGGACACGACGGCCCGUCUCGUCACCCCAACAUGGGUCGAACGCUCGCGCAUACUCGACGCGCCCCAGCCUCCCGAAUACUACUCACCGGAUCCCGCGCAGCUCUUCUCUGGCGUCAUAGCCACCGCUACGGACCUAUCAGAGUCGGAUGCAGAGCUCAUGUACUCAUCGAUCAACGCGCUGGGCGGCCAGUGGCGGAGCGCACUCACGCGCGACGUGACCCAUGUAUUCGCACUCGCGCCGGGCAGCCAGAAGUACGAGACGGCGUUGCACUUCAAGGAGAAGACCGGCAUGCUGGUUCUUGUUCCCCACUGGCACGAGGAUUCGAUACGACUCGGCAUCAGGAGUCUCCCGACUGCAGAAUACGAGUGGCCUGAGCCUGCCGUGUUCAGGGGCGACUGGAGCACGAGCAAACAAGACGCUGCUGCCGGUGAAGUUCCCCCGCAGUAUAGAGUAACAGGUGAGAAGAAGCCUUUCUUCGACACUGCGCUUGCGGCAGGCAAUGACCUACCGGUCACACGAGCUCCCGCACACAACAUCUGGAAUGGUCGGCGCAUACUUCUCGGAAUGUCCCUCCGAUUCUCGGAGAGGCAACGCCAUGCCCACGAGGAGGAUAUCCGCCGAGAGGGUGGGAUCAUCGUCGAGCUCGAUGUGACGAAGAAAGGAGAGGAGCUGGUUGAAGAGGAGGCUAUGAAAGUCGAGGAGGCUGAUGUGCUUGUGACUGCAUAUCGUUCGGGUCCUGCGUUCGUCAAGGCGUACAGGGAGAACAAGACUAUCGGGACUUUGACAUGGCUGUGGUACUGCCGCGCGAUCGGGACCAUCUCUCGUCCCACAGAUCAGCUCAUCCACUAUCCGAUCCCACGGAAGCCAAUAGAAGGAUUCUCGAAACAUUCCAUCACCAUCACAAACUACACGGGAAAACACCGCGACUAUCUCAAGAAACUCAUCCUCACGAUGGGCGCCGAGUUCACCCCGAGCAUGUCUCCCAAGAACACCGUCGUUGUGGCUGCUUAUAUCUCGGGCACGAAAGCUGAGAAGGCCAUCUCCUGGUCCAUUCCCAUCGUCAACCACACUUGGCUCGAGGACUGCUUCUCACAGUGGCGCAAUCUGACGCCUGCGCAGGACCGGUUCAUCAACUUUCCGCCGCGCAUGGACUUCAGCAAGCUCAUUACGGAGCGACCGAUGAGCGGGAAGGUUAUCAUCGAGCCCGCGGAUCUCGCCGUGUUAGAGAGGGAACGCCCCGACGACGAGGUUGCUUCAGAUAAGAGGGCCGAUGGGCGGAAGCAGAAGGUUGGAGGGAAGGAGAACAAGCCGCCUGAGGGGACGGCUGCGAGUGUGACGGAGCGGAACGAGGUAGAGGACGCAGUCGCGGUGGCAGUGGCAGAGAAUCCUGCGGAGGUGAGCAUGGGCGAGUUCCUCGAGACGGACAUCCAAGUCGAGGACGAGGACACAGGGCGGCUGCGGAAGGGCGCUGAUGACGGGAUGGACGUGGACGAGGACGAGGAUGGGAAACCCAAGUCCAAAGGCUCUUCCCCGCGCAAGUAUCAGAGUGUCGCGAGAGCGAUGAGGCGACGAGGUGCCGCGCGCGCAGACGAACAAGAAGCAGAAGACGACGAGUUGAGGCCCUCGACAUCCGCUUCUCCCCACCAACGGAGACCCAGAGCGGCGCCUGCUUCUGAUUCAGACUCAGAUGUGGAGAUGGUAGAACAGUCUCCUCUCGCACGAAAGGCAAAGACGGCGGCAUCUCGACUGAUAGCUCAGAAAGCCAACGUGUCGCCCUCUCGUACCAAGCGGAAAGGUGCAUCUGCAAAAGGGACAGCCCUUCCGGAGUCUUCCGAAGACGAAGCAGUCAUGGAGGUUGACAGCCCUGUGCAGCCAGCUGCUACGCGUGCCUCGACGAAGGACAAGGGCACUGCUCAGGGAGCAAAGUUUGGCCCGCCGAAGGGCGUACGCAAGCGCAUUGCCGCUGACUCCGGCUCCGAGCAAGACGCCAAGGGCGGACGGUCGACCAGGGUCCCCAGGUCCGCUACAAAGUCAUCUCGCUCUACCGUGCCCGAAUCUGUCGAGCCCGAUUCUCCGGCCAAGUCGACUCGCUCGCUACGCAAGGAAGUCUCCGUCGUCGUCCCGACAGUAGCCGCCGCCUAUGGGAUACGGCCGGAAGCAGGCCCCCGGUCUUUGCAGAAGAACAAACUGGGCAAGACGCAGUCCGUGCGCGCCACAGCGACGGAGUCGCCUGCAUCCCCCCCUUCCAAGCGCGGGAGACCAACGCGCGAGAAGGCUAGGGCGGAGACGCCAGAAUCGUCACCUAGUCCGCCACCGAUGCCCAAGUCCCGCCGGAAAGCUGCGGCGACGACGCCGGAGCCUGAACCGGCCAAGGUGGCGGAGACCCCAUCAACGUUGCAGCGCACGCCGUCGAAGCGGGCGGCGGCGAACAGGGCGACACAGAGGCUGCGGGACGAAAUCAUGCCGGAUGUGGUGAAUUUCCAGAAACAGCUGAAGAGCGGCGCGUUGAAAGGCGCUUGGGAGAGCGACGUGUCAUCUGUGAAGGGCAAGGAGAAGGAGCGGACGAGUGUCGAAGGUGGGGAGAAGAGCCGGGGGAAGAAGAGGGCGUCCGUUGGCGAUGCGGAGGCGCAAGCGGCAGAGGAUAAUAAUGAGCAGCCGGAGAAGAAGAGGCAGAAGACAGGCUCGACGAAGGAUGGGAAGGCGGUGGCGAAGGCUAAGACUCAAAGACGACAGUCUGGGAAGGGCGCUCACGAUGACGAGGAGGAAGUGAGUGAUGAACAACGCGCGAAACCAGCAAGCAAGGGCAAGGACGCUAGCGGAUCAUCGAGUCGUGCACAGAACAUACGGAUUCUGACCACCCAGAUCACCAUUUCGGAUGAAGUCUCGAAGUUCCUGAAGAAGCUGGGCGUACAAAUGACGACCAAGCCCACGGAGUGCACGCACCUCGUCGCGCGUAACCUCGUGCGCACGGAGAAGUUUCUCUGUGCGAUGGCGCACGCGCCGCACAUCCUCAAUGAGAAAUGGCUCCUCGCGUCCUUCUCCGUCAAGGAGCUCCUCCCUGAAGACAAGUUCCUGCUGAAGGACCCGGCGAACGAGGGGAAGUUCGGGUUCAAGCUGACGGACGCGCUCGUGCGCGCGCGCGCGAACGGGGGCAAGCUCUUCAAGGGCCUCACGUUCUACGUCACCCCGCACGUCCCCGUGGACAGCAAGCUGCUCAAGAACGUCGUGAGCGCGUGCGGCGGGCAGCUGCUCACGCAGACCCCGACGGUGCGGAUCCUGGCGGGGCACCCCGAGCGGCACGUCGUGUCCGCGCCGGCGGACAAGGCGAUCUGGCGGCCGCUCGCGCAGGCAGGGCACCGCGUGUGGAACCAGGAGCUGAUCCUGACGUCGGCGCUGAAGCAGGAGAUCGACUGGGAGAACGAGACGUAUCUGCUCACGCCGGAUGCGUGACGAGCGGUGGGUGCCCAUGUUAGAGAGUGCUGUGUGUGUUUGCUUGCUUUGUAUGAUGCUUUCUGGUCUUGUCUUGGGUCUUGGAUAGUUGUUACUUGAGCCCCAGAACUAACACAUUGCCUGGCGUGGAAUGUGAGCCUCGCGCGUGCUCCAUAAGUACAUGCGCGGAUAGAUCACACAGUGGCCGGGGACGAACUUGCCUGGACGUCAUGACAGCGCUAAGCAGUUGUGCUCCUUGCUCUCGCGGAAC